CGGAAGCAGCAUGGCGUCCAACAGCAGCGGCGGCGGCAGCUCCGACAGGCAACGGAUUGCACAGCAGAGACUGAGGAUAAUUGCCGGACAUUUACAGAGAUCGGAGGACGGUGACUCGACCAUCCUAGCCGCGGAGUGCAAAGCCCAGGGGAGCAAGACAGAUGUCUCCGGCGAGGGGAAGACGGUGCCGAGGAGGAGGCAGGAGAUUAUGAAAUGGAAUGGCUGGGGAUACAGCGAUUCAAGAUUUCUCUUCAAUAAGAAAGGCCAAGCAGAAUUCACUGGCAAAAGGUAUAGACUAAGUGGGAUGAUCAUCCCCGGUCUGAAAGAUUGGUUUGAAGGCACGUUUGGAGCCAGUCUGCAGCAUAAAACUCCUGCAACACCCAUUCUGACCAGCAGCGCUGUACAGCCUCCCACUCUUAAUGAGGCCUUCGUGGAGGAGUUAAAAUCCACGGGUAUUCCCUUCUCUCAUGACGCAGAGGACCGGGUGUUUCGCGCCCACGGCCAUUGCUUGCACGAGAUCUUCGCUCUGCGGGAAGGGAAAAUUGGUCGCGUUCCAGAUAUGGUGGUGUGGCCAAACUGCCACAAUGAGGUUGUGAAACUUGUGCAACUGGCGUGCAAACACAAUGUUUGUUUGAUGCCGUAUGGAGGAGGGACCAGUGUCUCCAGUGCCCUAGAGUGCCCCCCAGAGGAAACUCGCUCCAUUGUCUCUCUGGAUACCUCGCAGAUGAACCGCAUUCUGUGGAUCGACGAGAAAAAUCUCACCGCCCAUGUGGAAGCUGGCAUCGUUGGUCAGGAUUUGGAGAGAUUGCUUAAUGAGAGCGGCUACUGUACGGGACAUGAGCCUGACUCCAUGGAGUUCAGCUCCCUGGGGGGCUGGGUAGCAACCAGAGCAUCAGGCAUGAAGAAGAACAUCUACGGCAACAUCGAGGACCUGGUCAUCCACAUAAAGAUGGUGACCCCACAAGGAGUAAUUGAAAAGAGCUGUCAGGGCCCACGCAUGUCCACGGGGCCAGACGUUCACCACUUCAUCCUGGGCUCAGAAGGAACCCUGGGUGUGGUGACCGAGGUAACGAUGAAGAUUCGUCCCAUGCCGGAGUAUCAGAAAUAUGGCUCGGUGGUAUUCCCUAAUUUUGAGCAGGGAGUUGCCUGUCUUCGAGAGGUUGCCAGACAGAGGUGUGCCCCGGCAUCUAUACGACUCAUGGAUAAUGAACAGUUUAAAUUUGGUCAUGCCCUGAAGCCUCAAGUAUCCUCAAUUUUCACCUCCUUUUUGGACGGGCUGAAGAAAUUUUACAUCACCAAGUUCAAAGGGUUUGACCCCAACCAUUUGUGUGUGGCCACGCUACUGUUUGAGGGAGACCGUGAGAAGGUCCUGCAGCAUGAGAAGCAAGUUUAUGACAUCGCCGCAAAAUUUGGGGGCCUGGCAGCUGGAGAGGACAAUGGGCAGAGGGGCUACAUGUUGACCUUCGUCAUCGCUUACCUCCGGGACUUGGGCAUGGACUACUAUGUGAUCGGGGAGUCCUUUGAAACCUCUGUGCCUUGGGACAGGGUGUUGGACAUUUGCCGGAAUGUAAAGGCACGCAUCAUUCGAGAGUGUAAAGACAGGGGAGUGCAGUUUCCACCGUUAUCUACGUGCAGGGUGACUCAGACGUACGACGCUGGUGCCUGUGUGUACUUUUACUUUGCCUUCAACUACAGGGGCCUCAGUGAGCCCAUACACGUGUAUGAACAAGUGGAGCAUGCAGCUAGAGAAGAGAUCCUUGCCAAUGGAGGGAGCUUGUCACAUCACCAUGGAGUGGGGAAACUUCGGAAGGAGUGGAUGAGAGACACCGUCUCCAGCGUCGGCAUGGGGAUGCUCAAGUCUGUCAAGGACUACGUGGACCCCAAUAACAUCUUUGGCAACAGGAACCUCCUCUAAUUUCCCGCUCCUGUCCAUCUUCAUCCCACCUUUUUCUAAAAGCAUCUUGUGCAUUUUGGAUUAAUAGAUACUAAAUGUGAAUUUAAAAUGGAGAGAGAGAUCUUUUUCAUCAAUGAGAGUCAUUCGGUGCCAUUUAUCGAUUCACCCAAACCUAUUCUUUAACAUUAUAUUGCACUUAACAUGCUGUAACAAUCAUUAUCAUUCACGAUGAAGCUCGUCUCUUGCCGCCGAGUCGUGGCCUCAGCUCACUGUUGGAGCUGCGUCCGCGAUGCAACAGAACCUUGAUUUUGUCACAUUUGCUUAUGUUUAACCAGUUCCCGAAUCUUUGCCAACACAGUUGACUCAUCUGUUUGUUUUUACUUUCUUCUUGUCAGUGUGUGUGUGUGUGUGUGUGUGUGGCACUUCUUUAGUGGUGAGUUCUAGAUGAAUGCGCUCUCUAAAGCUCUGUGCCUUUCUAAAGCUUUUGUCUGCCUUCCUGUUCUCCUGCUACACUCUCUGCUGGUGUACCCUCUGCGAAGCAAAAUUAACUCAGACAUGGUGUUUUCCGUGUCUCCACUUCAUCUUUUUCUUGCCCUCAUGGCCUUCUGUUGUACUCACCUAUUGCCAUAGACACUUCUCUGGAGUAUAUGUGUGUGUGUUCCUCUGCUGACAAACUUGUUUGUCUAAAGCCUCCCUCUGCCCCUCCAAAUUUUAACAAGAAGCCCCCCCCCCCCCCCCUCAGGAGUACAGUAUGCUUCCAAGGACAGAUGUUCCUCAUGUGUGUAGUUUUUGUACUGAAAGUGUUUACCUUGCAUGGUUUGUUACUGACCGAGUGAAGAGGGGGGAAAAAAAAAAGCCAUCGUGUUUUUUCUAUCACACCUGCUUCAAUGUGACCGCAUUUGCAAUUUAAGGCCUCUGGAUCCCGGUGCUCACGUUGUACCAAAGACUCAACGCAUCAGAUCAUGCAAGCAUACUGUCAACACACGUUUGACCGUGUAACCACCUAACCGUCACACACAGUUAGUAAAGUCAUGCACAGCUAAACUGUAUUUUUUUAAUCAGCAUAUGCAAAGAUGACCCUUCUGAGAGCUGUAAAUGUAGAUAUUCGUGACUGUUACAUGUGCUAAAAUUCUCUGUAUAUUAAAUUAUGUCUGCUCCAUUUAAUUGGCCUGUAAUUCCUCCUGAAGACGUUUGCCUUGUUGGUGUAUCUGUGCUGUGUGAAGGUAAUUGGAGCGGAUACUGUUGUGUACAUUUUGAUACCAGACCAUACCAUUACCAUUUGUACCAUUUGCCACUGUUAACCAUUGAUUUUGAAGCAAAGUCAAGCUUUAAGAGCUCUUUCCUGAAGAAUCCUGCCUUUUCUUCCCUUCUGAUCUGUGCUUCAUGUUUUCCUGCACCAAUCCUGUCCUCCAAUUCAUAAUAAUUCCCCAAAUAAAAGGACUCAGUAGGGACCCGUCAAUUGACAGUUUACCCCCGUGUCAAAAAUCGUGCGAGAGCUUUUGAAUGUUAUGGAUGUACCUUUUUGUUAUUUUCCACUUCUCUUAACAUCGUAGUAACAUCCAAGUACAUUUGUCAAUGCUGUUUGUGCAAUAAAUUGAACU